AUGCUCCCCGUCACCCUUCGCGCUCUGCGCUCCCGCAGCGCAGCGGCCGCCUCCCGCCCCUUUGCCCGCUAUGUCUCGACGGCUACAACCAGCAACCAGGUCCCCGCCAACGACCCCGUCAAGCGCGACGCGAAGCCGAAUGUCUCAGCAACCAAUGAAAUGGCCACCUCUUCUGAGGGCUCGUUCGACCAGGUUCUCCAGGAGUCUGUGCAGGAUGCCGAGGAGUUGAGGACUACACAGGCGCCCAACUACAAGGGCAUCUGGUCGAGGAGUCAAAACCCGAGGGCAGUUGCGAUGAGCGGGCCGAGAUUUGAGCAGACCAUCAUCGCGGAUCAGCCACGCCCAUAUGCUGCCAUUGAGCUCAUCCACCAGCAACCUGUCCGCUGGACACACGACCGUGUCGUAUCAUGUGACGGAGGAGGAGGUCCUCUCGGACACCCCCGAAUCUUUAUCAACACAGAUAAGCCCCAGAUCUGCUGGUGCACAUACUGUGGUGUACCCUUUGCUCACGAGAAGCACCGCGCUGUCCUCGAAGCUACCCCCGAGCACGAGCUUUCAUACCCACUGGGACCCAAGGGCAAUGCGGCGGAAGUCAACGAGGCACAGAAGGUCACCGAUGAGCCGCUGUCACAGCGGUAA